AGCGUUGAUUUUAACCUCUUCUGUUUCGUCCUUAAAAGUCCCUCCGUUCUGCCAUUUCCGCCUCCUCUCCGCCGCCGCAUCUUUUCCAUUCCCCUUUCAUCUUCCUCCGAAUAUUCCCAAUUCGGAUCCCCAAUUUCUGUUCCCAAUUUUCUUUAAAUCUCUCCCUGUUCUUCACUCUGUUCUAAUCAGUUCUAAGCUUUGGAGGCUAUGGAGGUUCCUGUAAUUAACAGGUUAGGUGGCCUCGAUUCCGACAUGGCUUCCUUGCACAAUCCGUCUCUCCUACCCCAAAUUUUCGCCUCCCGUUCUGGGUUUCAAACGAUUUCACAAUCCCUUCAUCUCUGGCAAUGGAGCGCCGUCAUUAUCGCCCUUCUUGCUACUUUCAGCGGCGUAAUCAACCGGAUUAAGCUUCUCCUCGUCCUUUUCCGGCGACAGAAACGUCUUCUUCAGAAAAUCGUCGACGAUUCCGACUCCGAUGGCGAUUUCUCUCUCGACGAUUCUGCCAGCUCUGUUUCGUCGUGGUCGGAAUUUGAGGAAGACGACGCCGACGAGACAGAGCCUUUGUCUUCCCGGAGUUGGGAUUUGAGUGAUCGGGAUUUCCUCGUCAGGGGUUCCGAUUAUUUCUUAAACGAUUCCGAAACAAAACGGACUUUGAGAUUCCGUCACCGGUCAAGCUUCGACACCCAAUACGACGGCAGCAACAACAACCAGUUCUCGUGGGCGGAACUCACCGGAGGUAAAAGCGUCGUGAAGUUAUGGGAUAAUCUCAGCUUCCAAUUCAACCACCGUCCCUCCGACGAGGGUAUUUCCGGUAAUUCAUCCAUUAACCUCUGGGACACGCGCGUUGGUUCGCAAAUGCCGGCGUUAACCGCCGACUGGAAGUCGAUGACCGGAAAAGUCUCCGGGGUUAAAUUUACCGGAGAUCGGAAGGUUUAUAUAAGUAACGAAGAGGCGAGGAGGAUAACGGUCGGUGACGUGAGAAACGUUAAGUCGCCGGUGGAGAAUUUAACGGCGGCGGAUGCGGAGACUUGGUUCGACGCGGACGCGGUGAUGAGUUAAAAAGGAAUCCGAGUCAGAGGGUGAGUUCGUGUGACUCGGACGGUGACUCGGGUUAGUUAGAUGCCAGCUGUGCUGGAUUCUAUGUGACUCAGCAACACAUUUUUAAAAUGGGAGGACAAGAUUGUAAAUAAAAUAUUGUAAUAUUUUAUUUUAUUAAAA